CCAUGACGCACGCCUGACUUCCGGUGUCGUGGUAGAUUGACUGUAUUCAUGUAUUUUAAUCCAGACUCGGCUCGGUUUCCAGCAGAUUAAAGUGGGAAAAACACGAUUCUGACGAGUAGAGCAGAACCCUGAACGUAACGGAAAGUUUUCUGAAUACCCGGAAAACCUUGUGUUUCAGAUGGAGAAGGUGGAGCAAUUCUCAUGAAAAUGAAUAUUGGUUCUAAAAGCAAGAAAAGGCUGGUUCUACCGAGCCGACCUGAGCUCCCCACUAUGGAUGAGAUCCUGGAAGACAUCAACAAAGCUGCUCCUGAUGAUCCAGUUUUUAACAUCCUUGAUACAACUGAACAAGAUUCAUCCCAGCCUGCAGACAGUGAGGCGGAGCUGCGUUUCCAGCAGUGUUAUCGGUAUUUAGAGCUGAACAAGAGACUGAAGGAAGCUCAGGACCAGUUGCAGAAAAGGAGAGAAGAGCUCCAGGCGGCGGGUGAACAGCUGGACAGAACUGUGGAAGAGGUUAAAGGUCAAGUUUGCUGACCUAACACUCGACACCUCCUCUUUCAGUGACUCUGCCUCUGUUCACUGAACUCUUCCCCUGGAAACCCUGACAGAGCUCAGACCUGGGACUUUGAGUCAGAUGGAGUCGGAUGACCUUUGACCUCACAUCUUGAACAUUUGCAUUAUCCCCAAUCAUUUCUGAGAGUUACUACUUUGUGAUGCUUUAAAGUCAGUAGUGCACAUUAUAAAAGAGCAAGUGGGAAAUCGGCAUUACAAGUAAAUCUUGGAACACUAAGAGAAGGAAAUAAAAAAAAUCAUUUAUUUAAAAAAAGGAAUAUUUGUUUUAUUUUGUCUACAUUGUUUUUCAUGUAUGUGAAAAACUUUAUUCUUAAUAUUUUAAUGAUUAGAUUAAAAGCAUAAAGCAGUGCACAUAUAAUGAAUUAAUUCUAACAAAAUCAUAGUAAUUAAACAAAAACUAUGAAACUUAGUAGAAAUAAACUGCAUGAUGUCUCUA